CUGUCUUUUUGUCUCUUUCUGUCUCUCUGUCUCACGCCCUCUCAUUCUUCUCUCUUUUUGCCCGACAUUAAAAUCUCUGCUACGGACAUAACUGACAAGCGGCGCAUAAUUAACUUUAAAAAUCAAAUAUGAGGUGAACUGACAGCCGGAAAUAGAGCUCCCUCGAUAAACUGAGGAACGAGCUAACACUCGAUGAAAUUAUAAUCGUCUCUUGCGUAUUUCUGUAUACAGGGUGUCUCAUGAUAAGACGUAUCCUGCAUUUAUUUCGUAUGUAGAUUAGGUCAAAGUAAACAGGAAGUUCCUCUAGCAUUUUUGCAAACAAUCGCGUGAAAUUUUUAUCUAUUAAAUAUGAAAGAUUGACGAAUGAUACUGUGAGCGGAACGCUGUAGAAACAUAUACAGUCUGUUUGAUAAGAGCAUGUCCGGCAAAACUUUUAUAUGUAAACAUAUAGAAAUUCAAACGGGAAAUUCAAACAGGAGCCGAUAGAGGCACUUUCGCCUAUGAUGCUUUGUUGAUAAAGCUUUAGUUGUCAUUCGAUCUUCGUGAUAAAAAUAUAUAUUUCACCAUGAGUGCCAAAUACACAUUACGUUUCGAAGCCGUGUUUCUUUAUACACAUCCGAAAGGACCAAAAAUGUCACACCAAACGGCUGCUAAGUAUAUGAGAAAGUCAAAAGCAUUUGUAAAUAAGUGGGUGAAACACUAUUUAGAGAUGAAAAAUGUUGAUGACUUACCGAAACGUGGCUCUACGCAAGGAUUUGACAUUUUGCAUAUCUUUACAAACAACUUAAACACUAGCAAAGUGGUCAAAAUUUAUGAGAAGGCUUUAUUACUAUCUGCUCAAACAUGGUUUAUAAGGAAAAAUUAAAAAUAGAUACUACAAGAGGACAAUGAUCCUAAACGUCGAAGUCGGCUUUGUACCGCGUGAAAAUAAGAAAAUAAUGUCGAAUUACUGGAUUGGCUGUCACAGUCACCGGAUGCAAAUCCUACCGAAAACGUUUGGUCUUUGAUGAAGUUUAAAGAAAAGAAAGUGGAAAGAAAAUUUGGUUGGUCAAAGAAUUAGUUCGACAAAUUCGAUUGAUAUGGAGAUCAUUAUAAGAAUAUGCCAUAAAAUUAGUUGAAAGUAUGUCUUUGAAAUGCCAGGCAAUUAUUAAUAAUGAAGGCGACUGGACAAGUUAUUAAUAAUAAAACAUCCAAGUUCUAAUCAAGUAGUAUAUGUGUAUUUUAUUCCAAAUCACUUCAAUAAAUUAUUUAUCAAGUUUUGCCGUACACGCUCUUAUCAAACAGACUGUAUCUGAACCGCGCCAAUCAGUGCUUUCUAGUCGAUCGCUGCUCGACGUUCGAAUAGAGUAACAUUGCGUGAAAUGAGCGUCGAGCGUCGAGCGGUGAUAAGCACUGGAGGGGAGUGGCGCGCUGAUUAACGCGAUCAAGAGACACUGCCUCCACAGCGCUCCACUCGCAGUAUCACACGCGUUCCAAUUCUCUAUCAUCAAUAGCUUAAUUUCAUUAAUACAUUCUACGUAGUUGUUCGCAAAACGGUGGAGAAGCUUCCCGCACAAUUUGACCUGAUCUACACGAAUAUGUGUCAUUGUCAGACACCCUGUAUUUUCUUAUUUAUCACUAAUAUCUUGCGACAGAGAUUUACGUUAAUCCGACGAACGCGAAAGCUCCGCGAAAGAGCCGGCGUUUUUACCCUCGGAUAAUAAAUAAGUCAACGUGGCGUGAAAGCAUAUUUCGCGUAUUCCUCCAGCGGAACUUGCUAAAGCGUGAACUUCCCUCGGCGAAUUUCCUUCCUUCCUUCCUUCCUUCCUUCAUUCCACGUCCGUGUUUUUCGUUUCUUGUCGUUUUUCAUAACGCCGCGCACAUCAGUCGUGAGGCGCUCGACCGAUUUCGGACGGCUCAUUGUCGCGACGAAUUCUCACCACGCGAUUUUCAAUAACGCCUCUAGCAAGCUACAGUUUUUGUCGAGUCUCCACACACAUACACACACACACUCAUGCACACAUACGCACUUUGCACGAGGAAAUGCCGCGACGGCCGAGCGAGGACGAGGACACUUGAAUUUCCAGCGACGUUUUAAUGCCCGCCGCUUCGUCCACCUGCAAUUCGUGUUCGACUUUUAUAGAAAGGAAGAUUUACAAGUAUUUCAGCGGCGAGGGGACGAAGCCGUCGCUCCUAUUCGCGCGUGUGCCCUCGCAUACCUAGACGUGUGACACGUCAGGACGCGCGUUAUAAACAAGUCUUUUCCUCCGACCCCGAAAAUCGGCCGGAAAUCUCUGCUUCAGCACUUUAUUUUCUGUUGCCUCCCCGUCACUCUCUCGUAUUGUCGCUCACUCUUUUCAUUUUUCGCCGCAUGUACCGCGUAGAAAAUUUCUUGGGAUCUAAUUGAGAUCCAAUUUGAUCCUCUAAAGUGAUUCUCGGUUUUAGGGUUGAAGUGGAAUGUUUCAAAUAUGCGAUUCUACCUGGGAAAGUUUUCCAUUAUGCCUUCUGGUCUUCAUUCUACUCUAGAAUUAAACAGAACAUAUAUUGAUUUUCCAAAUAAUUUCAAUGUUCAGUCGAAAAGUAUUUCAGCAAUAUUUCGAUUCUAAUUUUUUACUCUAUUGAAUACAACAGUUGGUUUAACAAUGGAAUUUCAUGUUUAAUACCUGAGAAAUAUGCCGUCUAAUAAAAGCACAGGUUCCCAAUAUUUCUGUCACGCUUUCAGACAAAGAACUCUUGUUUGAGAUAAGAAAAUGGGAUUUCCAAUUGAUAUAUCAUGAGAUAACGCAAUUUUUAAGCGAAUUUGGUCACUGUGAUCGCGCGUGGAAUUUAUGUUAUAUCUGGGAAAAUCUUUAGAAAUUCCAUUAUGGGUUUGAAAAUGAAAUGUAAAUUUCAAACAUGCAAUUCCAAGUAGGAAAACCAAAGUUUUCCCAAUAUCUCUUCUGACUCUUAUUUUACAUCACGAUUGAUCGAAAUGUAUAUUGACUUUCCAAAUAACUUGAAUAUUCGAUAAAACAUUCAAAAUGUUUUAAAGAUAUUUUACCAUUUUUAUUUUUAUUCUAUUAAAUACACAAAAGUUGAUAUAAAAAUGGGAUUCCCUGUUUGAUAUCAUAAAAAUAUAGCGAUCAAAAAAGCGCGUUUCUAUAAUAUUCCUGUUUUAAACCAAUAUUUGGGAAAUAAGAAAAUGGGAAUAACCAACUUCGAGACAAAUUUGGGCAUUCUAUAUCAGAAUCUAAGCUAUAUCUGGAGAAAUCUUGAGACAUUUCUACACGAAGUGAAUUCGUCUGAACGAGAAUCGAUGGGAAGUCGUAAGCGUCGGGAAUCGUCACCGGAGGGCGAACACCUCGCGGCGAUCUUCACGGCAGACGCGAGAAACACGGGAGAAAUAUUUCACGCGACACAUCUGGAAUCGUCUUCGACUGUCGUAGUUCCGGACUUCCGAUUCUACAAAAUCAUACACCGCGCUCUUCCGUCCAAGUUUUCCGUGUCCAUAUCCCAGCUGGGAUACUCCUUAUCCGAAGUUCUUUCGAACACGAGGGGCUAGAGAAUAUUUAAUGCUCCCCUGGGAUUACACGAGUUGAAUUAUAACGGCUUUCCACUGGACUGUGUGUGUGGAGCAGGCGUGAUCGUGUCUCCUGAAGGUAUAAGAAUUUACAGAAUCGCGAUGCUUCGCGCAACGAACGAAUUGUAAAUCGCCAAUAUCGACCUGGGACCAAUCUUCACGGUAGACUCUUGAGUUUCAAGUAGUUGCGAGCAGCUGCUUGAUCUCUACGUGUCCACAGCUUAAUUGUCGGGGCGACUUGUGAGGCAGUUCAGGCGUCGGGCCGCAUUCAAGUUACCACCGAUCGUGCCUUGUCGAAUCUCGUGCGGGUUAAGUGUCCAAACGGAAGCCGCUCCCGGUAGUUCGCGCGUGUGCACGCGUCGUAGUUCCAGAUUGCGGCAGCUCGAACUUGGAAGAGUCCCCGAAGUGCCGUGACCAACCAACGUCGUGCUAAUCGUGAGAUAAGCUAACACGUCUCUGUCGUCCACUCGAGGCCGUCACUUCUCUGGCAACAACGUGUCGCGAGUCUCUUCAAAGCGUGCAAGUGCGGACAAUACCCAAGUGUAUCGUUAAGAAUUUCCAGAGAGGCGCGAAUUUCCGAACCCCUAACACCCGAAGUUACCGGUCGCCCUGAUACUGUCCCCAUUGUCGAAGUUCAGCGGACACUUCGUUGCGUUUCGCGGCUUCUCCACGCGGUGGAAGGACAUUUUCGUGAGACAAGUCCAUCGUGCGAAUCAAUCGAACGUGUGGGGGUGUCGUUCGCAGAGGAGAAAACUGAUGACGUCGAAGGCGACGACUAACCAGGAUCUCGCGUAACUCGCAAGGAGCCGACGAAGCCCCGCAAGCAGUCUCGCAAGCAGUUUUAUCGCGCCAAACGCACCGCCGAUCGUCAUCGCUAACGUCAGUGAUGACAGCAGUGAGGUGGCGGGUUGGCCGUGGUGUUAAGCUCUCGCCGGAUAAAUGUGCGCGAUGUACUAUUACGCCAGCAAGCUGACUGCGGCGGCUCUAAGCGGCGGCGGCCUCAUCGGGGGCGGUGGCGGCGGCGGCGGCGGUGCUGGUGCUGGCGCCGGUGGCCACAACGGCGGCGACGGGGUCUGCCGGUGCCACGAGGCCCAGAAGGAGCAGCGUUCGCCGAGAAGAACGACCCCGCAGCCACCCCAAGCGGCGCGCCAUCACCACCCGCGCGCCUCUCGCGCCUACACCCCCACCCUCGGCCCCAGCACCACCGAGCAAGUGGUCAUCGAGCAUCCGCGGCCCAACUACUACCACCGACACAGAACCAAGCACAAGGUAAGCCCUGCUGUGGUUUUCAUAUUGAAAACGGGAGAAUCGCCGCAAUUAGAGUAAGUGACAAGGCUCUAUGUUAAUUCUCCCAUUAUGAAUAUCGACCUAGAAGACAGGGUCUCAGAUAUCCAGUCACUAAGAAUUAAUGUUGGUUAAUAAAAAGAACAUUACACAUUUAAUUGGGAAGUUUGAGUAGGAAAUUUAAGAUAUAUAAUUAUUAGAAUUUUAAAUAU